GAACAUGUAUAAAUCAUGUUUGCAUAUAUUCAUUUUGUAACAUAAUAUGUUCAUUUUAAAUUGCCGUGACACACCUUGCUAGGUGUGGUAGGGCACACGGUAGUAGCACUGGGGGACUGCUACCUAUAAUUCCUGAACAAUUAGAAAGGGGAGUUCGUCGUACAUUAUACACCGUGAUUGAUUGUUGUUUCACCGAAGAAAAAGUUGUGCCGGUGGAGAUGGAGCGGCGAUCCUCGUCAAUCUCAGGGAAGGUGAGACUGUUGGUGUUUUUUGCACUGAUUUUGGGAGCUGCUGUCCGUGCAGAACGCGUCAAUAAGUCGGCGUCUAUUUGGUCCAUCGGAAAGGAGGAAGGGGAUCUAUUGGGAUUGAAAGCUUCCGAAUCCGAUGAUGAUAUGAGGAACGCCGAGGAACGCCAUUCGCAUUUGGACGGCGGGUUCUCUUCCCUGGACGGGAUGUUACAGUGGGCUAUUGAUCCAGCAAAGUUAGAGGAAGCUGCACUAGGUAUCCAAAACCUGUCCCCUGAAGAGCUGAUGCAACGUCAGGUGGAAAUAAAGGAAUUGAUGGAGAAAUUAAGGACGCCAUCAGAUGCACAAUUGAUGAAAAUUGCAAUAGAUGAUUUGAAUAACUCGUCCAUACCUUUUGAGGAUCGGCACCGUGCACUUCAGGAGCUUCUAGUACUUGUUGAGCCUAUCGAUAAUGCAAAUGAUCUUCACAAACUCGGGGGACUCACUGCGGUCAUAAGGGAACUUAACAAUGCAAACCCAGAAAUAAGAACUAUUUCUGCUUGGAUCCUUGGCAAAGCCAGCCAAAACAAUCCUCUUGUUCAGAACCAGAUUUUGACGCUUGGAACACUGGCAAAGUUAAUAGAGAUGGUGCACUCUGAUUCCAUUGAGGAAGCCACAAAAGCAUUAUAUGCUGUUUCAGCAUUGAUCAGAAAUAAUAUGGAAGGGCAAAAGUUAUUGUAUUUGGAAGCUGGAGACAUGAUGCUUCAGAACAUUCUAAGUAACUCAAGCAUCGAUAUCAGACUACGCCGGAAAUCUGUUUUUCUCUUGGCUGAUCUGGUUGAGUGUCAAUUGGACAGUGGGAGUAACACGGAACUGCCUUUCUUCAGCAAUCAUUCCUUGUUAAAAUCUGUGGUUGAUCUUCUGGCAUCACAAGACCUUGAUCUCCAGGAAAAGUGGAUGAGACCGAGCAUAAGAACACAUCUAUGCCCUGCUAGCUAUAGGUGAAACAUAGAUGGAUGCAGCACUGGGGAGGUUAAGGGAACAGUUGGAGGUAUUGAUUCGUGGUGAUACAUUUAAAGAUUAUGCACUGGAUUUGGAAAUUCUUCGUAGAGAAGUUGAGCUCCUUUUCAUUGGAAAGCUGGAGCAGGUGAGGAGAUCUUCAGAUUUUUUUAUUCUUUUUAAUUAGGUUGAGGCAAUUUGAUUUUUUUUUUUUUCUUUCUCAAAAUUGGAUUUUGGCAGGUGAAUGCAUUUGCUACAUGAGUUGUUCGGUGCUGGCCUAAAUCAUGUUCAGGAGCUGCAUUAUCACUAUCACUACUGUUGUCGCCGAUCAUUUUACUAGGGUUUUUUUUGCUGUUUUGUUUUGUUUUGUCUUAUGGUAUGUUGGAUUUAGUCGUGUGGAAGCUGAGCGUUGUAUAGACUACAUUGUCAAAAAUGUUGAUAUGUAGAGUUUCGUGGCAAACAAACAACACAGGUUAAAACGUUAGUCAUUUCAUUUAUGCUUCUCUUAUUGCAUGGCAACUGGCCUGAGUGAACCUCACAAGAGUUCAAUUUAAACACUACCCUUUUUGAAUUCCUUAAAGGAUCAGGUCAAUAAAUCUGAAGGUGAGUGCACAAAAGCUGACUUAUGCUUGGUUUAGAGAUGAGCAAACAAGCCUCACAAUAUUGUACUCUAUACCCCGUGUUUGAUUUCCUCAUAACCCAACUAAUCAUUUCGUGGUUUUGUUAUCAAAUGAAACUUUAUACGUCUUUCAUUUACAUACAAUUGUUGCUCCUUUGCAAAC